CUGUAAUUUUCUGGAAUUUUUCGAGGUUUUUGGCAUGAUCAGACAAUUUUGAAUUGUCAAAGGAGUUGACUGAUUAAAAAAAAAACGAUUAAUGAAUAUUUAAAACGAGAUUUGUUAAAAGGUUUGAAGUUAAAUAAAAUAAAGAUUAUAAAUAAAGGACACAGUAAAAUUUCAAAGAUUUGAAGAGGAGCUGAAGAUAAAAAAUUCAGAAAAGGAGUAUUUUGGAAAAAAGUAAAAGAGGCAGAGGUAUAGCAAUAGAUAAAGGUAAUGGAGAGAUAAUUAUAUAGUCGUGCAAAAUUUAGAAAAGGGUGCGUCAGUAGGAAAACGAGAAAACUGAAGAAAAAGAGUGAAUAUAUGUGAAUAAGAAGGCAAAAGAGAGAUUUCUACUAAUAAUAAUGCCAUAGCCGUCCGCCGCUGGUCAAGAAGGCAUCCCAAGUCAAUACAAAAACGCAACAAGUUUCCAUCGCCUAGAACCUAAGCAAAUUUCCACCUUUCGUCGGCGAUUUUAGUUCAUAACUCCGUAACUUCGAAGGUGAACCGGACGUAGUAACUGCUCUUUGGGAGAGUUUAGUCUGUUUUAACCGCUCGUCACCGGCUCGUUCGUCCAAAGAUGCGUUUCGGGUGGCAUUGAGUGAGUCGCCCUCUAAUGAAGACAUUGAUUAACGCGGAUUAUUAACGUAAGGACGAUGACCCUCGUUUAUGCUAAAUAGGAGAUCGACCUACAAGCAAUUGUUGUGAUUUUCGAACAGUUCGAGGAGUUUAAGGAAAAUUGUGUUGCUUGGUGCGUUUAAUAUGUCGGUGGCCCCAUCUCGCGCCGGCAGCCGCAUGCAACACUACGAAGAAGAAGACGACGCCGACGCCGACCCGGCGGCCGACGAAGACACCGCCUCCCGAGCUCCAGGCAACGGCAACCCGCCGCCAGAGGCCGCUACGGUCAACGGCCGAUCGCAAGACGAAGAUUACUACGAGCCCGGCGAAGAAGAGGACGACGAAAAACUGGUAAACGGGGGCGGCGGCGUCGUGGCGACGGCCAGUUCGAAUCGUGAAGGCGUCGGGAACGGCGUUCGUGCAGGCGCCAUCACCGCUGGGAAUCACAGGCGAGCAGCACGCAGAGGGGACACGGACGAGGAGGACGAAGGAGGGAACGGUAACGGUGGCUACUGGCGCUCAGCGGCGGCCUCCAGGCCCGGCUCCCCUUCUAUGGCCGAUAAUGCCAGUGACGUUUCCUCGAUGGUACCGGCUGCCCCACCCCCUAGACCGAAAAGUCGAGCGGAGAUGACGAUGACGGCCAGCCGAUACUCCAAUUUGUCUUAUUGGAGAGCAAGGAGGGUAAUCUUCUACAAAAAUGGCGAUCCCUUUUUUCCUGGUAUCGAAUUCAGAUUCAAGCCUGGAAGAGACAUAGUGAGCUUAGAAUCGCUUUUAGACAAAUUAUCGUUAAGGAUGGACUUGCCGCGUGGUGCUAGAUAUAUUUUUUCUAUGGACGGCGAUAGAAAAUAUAGGUUAGACGAAUUAGAAGACGGUGCUUCCUAUGUUGUGUCUUCUUACAAAACUUUCAAGGCUGCCAGUUAUGGAAAGAAAAACGGCAUUUGGUACGCCGCACCGGGUGGGCAGGGCUGGAGUAAGGCCCCCAGUCGAAAAGCUUCGAUCGUCGAAGCUGACGUUCCACCGCCAGGGGGCGGUCCUAUUAAACCCAGCACGGGCAGAGUUAUUCGAAUAAUUAACAACAUGGAUCACACUGUACAGUGCCGCGUUCUGCUCAACCUACGCACCAGCCAACCGUUCGAGGAAGUGCUCGAAGACCUCGGUCAAGUGCUGAAGAUGAACGGCGCGAAACGCAUGUACACGGUGUCGGGCCAAGAAGUGCGCAGCUUUUCCCAGCUGAGGAACGAGUUCGCCGACGUGGACACGUUUUAUCUGGGAAUGGGAAGCGUAGGUGGCGCUGCGACGCCGGCCGUCAUGCUGUCACCUGUCAGACGGGCGAGAUCGCGUGGACCACAAACGGCGAUCGUCGAAGAUAUUAGUAAACAGAGACGGUCUAGGAGUAAGAGCAGGCCGAGGGCGUUGUAUGCUCCUGAGAGUGAGAUUAUUAGAACAAAUGAUUAUACAUUAUUAGAGGUUUUAAAAGAAGAACCAAUUAGGGUAACGAUAAAAGGGUUAAGAAGGACUUUUUAUCCUCCAUUACAUCACGCCCCAAUAGAUAAUACGCCGCCCGACAAAAAGAUGUCCUUAGAGUGGGUGUACGGCUAUCGAGGAACUGACUCCAAAAGAAAUCUUUGGGUAUUGCCUACUGGUGAGUUGCUCUAUUUCGUGGCAGCUGUGGCUGUAAUGUACGAUAGAGAUGAAGAAACGCAAAGGCAUUACACUGGACAUACAGAAGAUAUACAAUGUAUGGAAUUACAUCCUUCAAGAGAAAUGGUUGCAUCAGGUCAACGAGCUGGUAGAAAUAGGAAAACUCAGGCUCACAUAAGGAUAUGGAGUACGGAAACUCUGCAAACUUUAUACGUUUUCGGUAUGGGAGAAUUCGAAGUUGGUGUAUCGGCUGUUGCUUUUUCGCAAUUGAACGGUGGAAGUUACGUAUUAGCUGUCGACGCUGGAAGGGAAAGUAUACUGUCGGUGUGGCAGUGGCAGUGGGGACAUCUACUUGGAAAAGUCGCAACUUUACAAGAAGAACUUACGGGGGCAGCUUUCCACCCUUUGGACGAUAACUUGAUGAUCACACACGGAAAGGGCCAUUUGACUUUUUGGAAUCGACGGAAAGAUGGAUUUUUCGAAAGAACAGACAUCAUAAAACCGCCCUCGAGGACGCUGAUUACGUCAUUGCAAUUCGAGCAAGAUGGUGACGUAAUCACGGCUGAUAGUGACGGUUUCAUAACGAUCUACAGCGUGGACGCGGAUGGGGCUUAUUUCGUCAGGAUGGAGUACGAGGCACACAAUAAGGGCGUCAGUUCCUUGAUAAUGCUGUCAGAGGGCACUCUUUUGUCUGGUGGUGAGAAGGAUAGACGCAUAGCAGCGUGGGAUUCUUUGCAGAAUUACAAGAAAAUUACUGAUACUAAACUUCCAGAUGUAUUUGGUGGCGUCAGAUCGAUUUAUCCACAAAGACCAGGAAGGAACGAUGGAAAUAUAUAUGUAGGCACGACGAAGAAUAAUAUUUUGGAAGGAUCCCUACAGAGGAGAUUCAACCAGGUGGUCUUUGGACACGGAAGGCAACUUUGGGGCUUGGCAGUUCACCCAGACGACGAAGUUUUUGCUACAGCAGGUCAUGAUAAAAACAUAGCCUUAUGGAGGAAAAACAAACUUAUAUGGGUGACUCAGGUAUCUUUUGAAUGCAUUUCUUUGUGCUUCCAUCCCUUCGGAGUGGCCUUAGCAGUUGGAAGCACUGAAGGUCACUUGAUAAUCAUGAACUCGGAAACCGGAGUGGUAGUCAACACCAUUAGGGUGUGUGGAUCCCCGUUAAACUGCGUUGGAUACAACCCAACUGGAGACCUGAUUGCCAUAGCUUCGCAAAAUGGAAGUAUUUAUUUAUUCAGGGUAAGCAGAGAUGGUUAUUCUUACAAAAAAUCGAACAAAAUUAGAGGCGCUCAACCCCUCAUGCAGCUGGAUUGGAGUUCUGAUACGAAUUAUAUACAAACUGUCACUGCCGAUUACGAUUUAUCAUUCUGGGACGUAAAAACUUUAUCUCCCGAAAAAAGUCCGAUUGCAGUAAAAGACGUCAAAUGGUAUACGCACAAUUCGACUGUAGGGUUCUUAAUAUCAGGUAUUUGGAACAACAGAUUUUACCCGAUGACGUCAAUUAUUAGCACGGCAAGUCGAUCGGCCGCUCACGAUUUGUUAAUUUCCGGCGAUACCGAUGGAUAUUUACGAUUAUUUAGGUAUCCCUGUUUGAGUCCCAAGGCCGAAUACAACGAAGAGAAGGUAUACAGCGGAACGGUGGCCUGUUCCAGGUUCCUCUUCAACGACCGCAACAUCGUCACCGUCGGCGGCACCGACGCAUCGCUGAUGCUGUGGCAGCUGGUGGAAGAAUAGCGCCAGCCCCCCUACGUCUAUCUGCCACCUCUGACCAAAAACGGACCAAUGGCGAUCGAGCGAACGUGGUUUCACAAGGACUCCGACGAAUCGGAAGGAUUCGGUACGGAUUCGGAUGGUACUUUCGAAGUAUUGCGUUGGCAUUACUGAUUCGGGUAUUUCAGAUUGUUACUUUCUAUCUAGGUUAUUAUGAAACUAAUAAUGAAUGAAUUUAUAAACUAAUGAGUUUAUUUGGAGAGAUUUUGUCGGUUUAAUAGCCGAAAUAAAUGAAAGAGGUUCAGGAAUAAAUCAGAAGAAAAUUGGAAAAUUGUUUAAAAAAGGUCUCGAACCUGUGCCUUCUGGGUUGCCAUCCUAAUGUCAUAACCAGUAGUUAGACAGUUGCCUUCAGUUAGUGUCGUUGGAAGGUCAUCCACGUUAACUGGCUUGAAUUGCUUGCCUUUUUUUCGCUUUUUCACAAUUUUUCCAAUGUCGUCCUCACUGUCGGAGUCGGAUUCAUAUGUUAGUACUUGGUAAGAAUUAUUUGUGGGGAUUAGCAUUUGCCUUGACUUCUCUCGCACCAGUUUGUGAAAGUUGGAGGAGAAUUUACGUGGAUAUUUAAAUUGAUCAUCACUUUCUGUGUGUUUACUGAACUGUCCUUCCUCUGUUUCUGUCUCUUUCUCAUAAGCAGCUUUAUCUGUCUUGUUUUUUGGCUCGGAGAGUCUGUUUGAGGAGUGUGGGAGACUACUAAAGCUCUCUGUGGGAGAUUACUAAAGCUCUCGUCACGAGGUUUAGCUCCUCUCUGACGCUCAUCUUCUGAUGUAUGACUGUUUGUGUCAUAUGUCAUGAUAUUUUUGGCCGAUACUGCUUGGGAUAUCUCUUGUGUUAGCUUCUACCCUUAAUCUGGGAUCAAUAUUCCGUCUGGCUCUACUCUGAGAGUUAUUUAUUAUAGGAGAUGGUAUGCUGGCUGUGGGUGCUGGUAAUUUUGCGGCUAGGGGUGUGGGUACGUACCCAAAGGAGAAGCUACUCAAUUCAGCUCUUGAUUGGGCACUUACCGCACCACCAGUUUUGGACAUUGAAGAAUUUCCACUGAAGUCUAAUGACUUUUUUACAACUUUGGAGGGUAGUGGUAAUAUUUUGUACUGUUUUGCAGCAGGGUUAGAUUCUUUAACUUGUUUUUUCUUUGGUGUGUCAGUCACGGUGGUGUCCAUAUCACUAUCACUCGAUUCUAAUACUUCUAAUAGAUUUUUGACUGAUUAAUAUUCAUUUUGUCUUCUUCUAAGCUCUCCUGGCUGUCAUAUGGAACUCCCCAGAGUCAGCCGAGGAUAGUUUUCUGGUGGUUGUUCUCAGUUCUUCUGGGGUUUUUUCUCUUUGUUGUGUUUCAAGUUUUUGGAGGUCACUUGAAGGUGACUCCUCGAAAAUUUUGGCCUGGGGGGCCCCCUGUAUCGCGCAGCUGACCCCUGGGUUAUUCGUUGGUGUAUUAUGUGCUUGUUUACUCACAGUUUUUGUCUUGGUCUUUAGUUUAGCCGUCUUGAAUGGACUGCCAAAGGUAAUGUUUAUACAUUUCUCGAGUCUAUCUAACUCUUCCUGUUUCUAUUAUGCUUCUAAACGGCGUGUAAACACUAGGAUUUUCAUUUUUGUCUCGAAAUAUUUUUAGUUCCAUUGGUAAGACAGAGGAAGGUUACUGUUACUCAUGAUUCAGCUACAUCUACUGUAAUGUUUCCGGACUGGUGUUCGGGACUGUUUGCAAGAAAUAUAUUUUGAUUCCACUGCGAUAAAGCGAAAGAAGAGUUCUUACUCAAGGGAUAGAUAGAUGUGUUUUUUUGAAUGCAGGUGGUUUCUUAAGACAUGCCCGGCCUGGGAAUGCCAUAAUUAAAUUUGAGUGUAAUUAAAAAAUUGAGGUCUAAUUAGUAGAUUUCUAGCUAAUUAAGGAGUUAAAUUGAUAUUUCUUUUAAAGUUGAUGUACCGGGAAUAAUUGUUCAAUUUCCUGUUACCGUUUUUUGAAAAAGUAUCUGGCAUCUCAACGUCAAAAUCAUUAAACUAGCGAUAUACAUCCAGCUACCUCAUUGUUAAUUUGAGAAAAUUUAUUGCACGUGUGUGAUGUACCUUCGACGAUGCCCCAUUUUUGGCUAGAUAAUACUUGGAAAAUUGGAAAAAAGAUCCAAUAAACUUAUUUGAAAUCGAAUGUUAUGCUUAAAUUGACAAUUAUGUCGCUGGAUGUAUAUCGAUCCGGUGAUCUAAUGGGGUAGCAACUCAGAGGUUACAGGUUCGAGUCUUGCUUCUCAAAUUUAUUCCAGAACUUCUUUCAUUUUUAACAAAAAAAAACUUCUUUUGUAUAACCUACAGUGGUUUCUCUAGCAUUUCCAACUGUCAAAAAUGAGGUGUACCAGUAAACAUUGAUGUAAAUCUUAUUAUUUUGUUUUAUGCACUAAAAAAAUGACAUUUAGUAUAUUAUAAUCUAAAUAAAAUACAAAAUUAUGUACCAAAUCGCAUUUUAGGUUAUAGAAAAGUAACAGUUGAUAUAUUAUUGUGCAGUAAAAUAUUAUUUUAUCGUUUUUUUAGAGGCCAAACGCAGUAAAUAUACACGUUAACUUAAUGAACCACUCAUACAGACAGAAUGCAAAUUACGUGAUUUAAUGUCGGAUUUUUGUUUUGUGAUAUAUUAAUAGUUAUGUUCUAUUUUCUAUGAAAAGCAUCCAGCAACUGGAUUUUUUUUAAAUACAAGACAAACUUAUUUAUGAAAUAAAAAGAAUGAGCCUACCCAAUAGUUUUUAUUAUCAAUAUAAAUAAUAUACGGUCCACAGGUUAGUUUAUAAUUUUUGUCGAAGUUGUCUUUGCUAGAGGACCCACUGUAAUUUACUGGAUUCCUAAAAACCAAUAAAAUUGUUAAUUUUGUCAUCCACAUACUUAUUAUACGUCAUCUGUCAGAAAUUCUUGACAGUACUGACAGUUUUGUGCUUUACCAAUUUUGAAAAGUACAACCUGUACGGUUUUAUUAGAAUUUUCUAUUUGUAUGCAGCAAGAUUUUUAAUUCAGUAAACAAGUGUAUUACAACUCUAGUAUAAAAAAAUCUUCUACGAUCUGUCAACUGUCAAAACAAUUGAUAUAAUUGUUUAGCUCUGAAGCUGAAUUUUAUAAAACUUACGUAUUUUAAAUGAAAUUCCUUUUGUGAUAAAAAAAUUUACCUGAAAAUGUUUUCUAUAAAAAUUUUAAAUACGUAAAACAUAAACAAGAUACCUCAACUUAUGAGUUACAAAUUUAUAACACUUAGGGCUUUCACGGAACAAUUGGAACAUAUCAUAUAUUGUGCAUUAAAUUUAUAAAAAUACUUAGUUUAAUUCUUCAUAAUAUAAUAAAAUUAGUAAAACAUCAAAUAAUCGCCGGUACCAUUUAUUUUUAAUUUUGUUUCAUCUACAACAAGAAAAUAAAUGCAGUUUAUAGUGUUGGUUUUAGAUUUUCAUUUUGAAGAUUAUAUUCAUCUAAAAGCAGAGCAAUAACAAUUUUGUUACAUUAGUUUAAACUGCGCCUUUUCAAGACAAAAUGUUGGUGUUAAAAAUAAAUGGUCCUACUCUUAAAAUUUCACAGAACAACUGCCAAUAGUUACGUAUUUUAAUUUUAAGUAAAAAAAUAUAAAUAAAGAGCUUAAUAAUUAAUUAUAGGCAUAUACAAAUAAUAUAUGAAAUCCAUUUUUACAAAUAAAAUAUAAAUCACGUCUACAAAUAGAAUUGUUUGAGAAAAAAAGUAGAAAGGACUAAUUUUAAGGAAAUUAUAAUGAAAUUUUGUAAAAUAGGC